CGCUUUCCGGCACCGGCGGUCGACGGAGCUCGUACAUGAGAGGUCGCCGUUGUACUUAUUCCGCGGGUGACAGAAACGCUAAACGAGUUUUGCAGGGUACCAGCCAGUAAUGAAGAACGCGACACUAAACGUGUCCAAUGUGUUGAGUAUCUGAACUAUUCUGUGCCACACAAACUGGUUUCUUCUACCUCUCCUCUCCCAUCUUCAGUAAAUUAUGCUCUCAGAGACACCCAUCCACUCUGCAAGGGUUCGAAAUGGCAUUUGCAGAUGGUUCCCACUUCACAUUGUUAUGAAAGUUGAGACAAGCAUUUAUGACUCCCACUUUAUCCCAGUACUAAAUUGGUGACAUCCCACAUGCUCUGUCUCGGACUAGCGUAAGGCUGAAUGCUCAAUGCCACAGCCAUUCCACAGGCUUCUCCACAGUCCAUUGUCCGUAGGAAUGUGGAAGGUCGAAGGAGAGAUGAGAAGCGUUCCUUCUGCUUUUGCUCUCUCAAUUAGUGUGAUGGCCAUCAUUCCUCUUGAUGAUUAAACCUCGGCGUGGAAACAGAACCUCUGUUGAACCAAUCAGAGAAGUCACCGAACAAUUUAAAGAUCAUGAUCAAUAUAAAAAGGUUAUCAGCAACUAUCCCUUUCGGCGCAUGAUCUUAAAUAAACCCACACGUAUGCACAUGAAACAGUGGCCCUCGCACGUGCCUUUCGAUAAUGGGUUUUGGGAAGAUGGGAGUCACGGCCACCGUUCGAGCCGUCCUUAGGGGAACGAGACGGUAGGCUUACCCGAUGUGACUAAAAGCUGAAGCCUGACUCCUUUUACAGGCGCAUCCACAUGGCAUCAAAAAUCGUGACGACUGCGAUCCUCCCAAUUUCCACCCUUCAGAUCUCCACCGUGUCCGGACAAGACUUCACGUGCACCGUCGCCAGGUACCCUGGAUCCUCUUCAAGUGAACCAGGUGAGGUGUCCGCGGCACCUGGCCGUAUUGGUGGAUAUUUGAGAUGUAAGAUGACUUGGAAGAUAUUGCUUACAAGGAUACCUGGAUAUGAUCCUUAUCAAGUCCAAGGCACCGCAGUGUCUCACGUCUCCCUCGCUGUGUUCGUCCUCUGCGCCCGCGCUUCAUGGUACCGAAAAACCCUAGAAGCCCUAGCAGCGGCGCCAUGAACGGGUCUUGCUGUAAGCUAGAGGACGGGUUCCCGGCGUUGCAGCUUUUCGGCCAGGGCGUCUCCUACACCUAUGACGACGUCAUCCUUCUUCCUGGCUACAUCGACUUCCCCGCCGACGCCGUCGACCUCUCUACCCGCCUCUCCCGCCGCCGCCCCCUUGCCAUCCCCUGCGUCGCCUCCCCCAUGGACACCGUCUCCGAAGCCGCCAUGUCCGUCGCAAUGGCCGCCCUCGGCGGCGCCGCCAUCGUCCACUGCAACAACGCCCCCGACAGCCAGGCCGCCAUUGUCCGCGCCGCCAAGGCCCGCCGUAUCCCCUUCGCCACCGACCCCGUCUUCCUCUCCCCCUCCGACUCCGUCUCCGACUUUGGCCCUGCUGCUUACGCAAUCGUCACCGAGUCCGGGACCUCCAAGUCGAGGGUCGUGGGCGUCGUCGCCAAGUCCGAUUGGGAGGGCCUAGCGAAUAGGAAUACUCUGGUUUCCGAGUACAUGCGGCAUGCGCCAGUGUCGGCUCCGGCGAGCUACGACUUCGAAAAGGUGGCGUCUUUCCUGGCAGGCGGGGGAUUGGAGUACGCGCCGUUGGUGGCGGAAGAUGGGGAGGUCGUUGAUCUGGUCACCAAGGAAGACGUGGAGAGGAUCAAGGGAUUCCCAAGGCUGGGAGUGCCAUCCCUGGGCGCCGAUGGGAGGUUCGUUGUGGGGGCGGCAAUAGGAACCCGGGAGACCGAUAAGGAGAGGCUGGAGCAUCUGGUGAAGGCCGGGACGAAUGUGGUAGUGGUGGAUAGCUCGCAGGGUAACUCCAUAUACCAAAUCGAGAUGAUCAAGUAUGCCAAGAGUAUGUACCCGGAGUUGGAUGUCAUCGGAGGAAAUGUUGUCACAGUUGCACAGGCGCAGAAUCUGAUCAAGGUCGGGGCUGAUGGGUUGAGGGUGGGCAUGGGAUCGGGGUCCAUAUGUACCACUCAGGAGGUUUGCGCUGUGGGCAGAGGACAGGCAACAGCAGUGUAUAAGGUUGCAUCUUUUGCAAAGGAACAUGAUGUGCCUGUUAUUGCUGAUGGUGGGAUCUCGAAUUCUGGACACAUUGUGAAAGCUUUGACUCUAGGGGCUUCGACUGUUAUGAUGGGCAGUUUUUUAGCUGGUAGCAGUGAGGCGCCUGGUGUUUAUGAGUAUCUG